CAGUUGGUACUUGUCAGCCAAACCAACCAACAAUCAAGCAACAGAGAGAGGAAGAAGAGAGAGAAAGCGGAAGAAGAGAGAGAGAGAGCCGCAAUGGGAAUAGUGGAAGAAGCUCACAACGUGCGCGUCUUAGGGUCGGGUCAGCAAGUCCUAGUGCUGGCCCACGGCUUCGGCACCGAUCAGUCGGUCUGGAAGCACCUCGUCCCCCACCUCGUCGAUGACUACCGCGUUAUUAUGUACGACAACAUGGGCGCCGGAACCACCAACCCUGAAUACUUCGACUUCGAGCGCUACUCCACUCUCGAAGGCUACGCCUACGACCUCCUCGCCAUUCUCGAGGAGCUCCGCAUCGAGUCAUGCAUAUUCGUCGGCCACUCCGUCUCAGGCAUGAUCGGAGCCCUAGCCGCCAUCACCCGACCCGACCUCUUCACCAAGCUCGUCAUGAUCGCUGCCUCCCCUAGGUAUCUCAACGACGUGGACUACUAUGGCGGAUUCGAGCAAGAAGAUCUUGAGCAACUAUUCGAGGCGAUCCGGUCCAACUACAAGGCAUGGUGCUCCGGAUUCGCGCCACUGGCUGUGGGCGGCGACAUGGACUCGGUGGCGGUCCAGGAGUUCAGCCGGACCCUAUUCAACAUGCGGCCGGACAUUGCCCUCAGCGUGGCACAAACCAUAUUCCAAAGCGACCUGAGACAAAUGCUUGGGGUGAUCACGGUGCCAUGUCACAUAUUACAGAGUGUAAAAGACCUUGCUGUCCCUGUGGUUGUGUCCGAGUAUUUGCACCAGAAUCUUGGCGGCGAGUCGAUCGUCGAGGUCAUGUCGUCAGACGGUCAUCUUCCGCAACUGAGCUCGCCGGAGAUUGUGAAUCCGGUGGUGCUCAAGCACAUCAGAUACGACAUAGCCGUGUAAUUGUAAUAAUUUUUCAAAGCGUAAUUGGAAUAAUUAAAGUCAACUGAUUAUGUAGGUGGGUUGUUAAUUUGGGUUUAGGUCUUCUGGUGGAGUGCGACUUGGUGUUUUGAUUCGAUAAUGACAUAAUGUAGCGUUAUUUGGAUCAAAACAGACAAGCUUUGUUAUUGAACAGUUAUUUUGAUCAAAACAGACAAGCUUUGUUAUUGAA